GCGAAGAGGGACUCACAAGUUAUCGGCAUCGGAGUGGCUUCACCAAGAGGCUCAACCGAGCGGCUUUCCAGGCGGGCGGAGGGUUGAAGGGGGGCAGCCAAGCGGAAGUAUGCUGAUCCAAGCUGAUCCUUGAGCUGCGGCUUCACCGUCACCAGCGCCAACACGGGGUCCUCCUGUAACUUUGAAUGUGCUGAAGUUAUCUGCGGCUGCUCUAUUCCGUCCGGCUCGGCUAAGUUCCGCUCGCCUGCCAUGCCUGCUCCAUCAGUCCGCGGUGCGCUCUUUCUGUGCGCCUUCCUCCAGCUGUUCUCCCUGCCCGGCGGACAGGUGCCAAACUGCCAGGAGGUGCGCAACGUGUUUCACUCUCUGCAUCCGGGCUCCAAGUGGGUCCCCGAGAACCCAGUGUCAGGUGCGGAUCUGCAGGUUUGCCAAACCAAAGGCCCGACCUGCUGUUCCAAGAAGAUGGAGGAGCGGUAUCAGGUAGCGGCACGCAGCAACAUGGAGUCUGGCCUGCAGGUUGUCAGUGCUCAACUCAAACGUCUUAUCAUCCAGAAUGCUGCCAUAUUCCAAGAGGCCUUUGACCUGGUGCUGCGUCACGGCCGGAACUCCACCCUGGCCAUGCUGAAGUCAGAGUUCCCGAGUCUCGGAGGUGGAGCCCAGAGCUUCGUGGGGCAGAUGUUCCUGGACAUGUCGCUCUACAUCCUGGGCUCAGACUCCGCAGUGGACCAGAUGGUGGCGGUGCUCUACGGGCGCCUCUUCCCCCUGACGUACCGCCGGCUGCUGGGGGGCAGCGUCUCCCCUGUGUCUGAGGAGUGUGUAAGAGACGCCUGGAAAGACUCAGGAGCAUUUGGCCCUUAUCCCAAACUGAUGAUGACCCGUCUGUCUCGAUCCCUCCUGGCCACACGAGUCUUCCUGCAGGCGCUGAACCUGGGCAUCGAGGUUGUCAACACCACCGACCACCUGCGGCCCGGCCGGGACUGUAGCCGGGCCCUGCUUAGGCUGUGGUACUGCCCCCACUGCCAGGGCAUGCUGGGGCCACCAGCUUGCAGAGGCUUCUGUCAGGCGGUGAUGCACGGCUGCCUGGGGGGAGCGGCUGAGGUGCAGCCUCAUUGGAGGAGCUACGUAGACGGACUGGGGAAGCUGGCUGGUGCCAUGAGGGGAGAGCAGGACAUGGAGGCUGUUGUCCUCAGACUGCCUUUAAUGAUCAAACUGGCUCUGAAACACGCUGUGAACGCCCGCACGCGCCUCACUGCUCUGGUGAGCGGGAUGUGCGGAACCACUCCUCAGCGUGCCUCCCGCUCCGUCGGGUCCCCACCGCCCCGGCCCCACCCUCCCGCCUCUGCGGCCCGCAGCGCGCAGCCCUCGUCCCCGGACUCGGACGAGACUUUGGCCGGCCUCCGCAGGGAGUUCAUAUCCAACCUGAGAGGCUUCAGCUCCUUCUACAGCGGUCUCGGGGAGGCGCUGUGCAGCCGCGAGCCUGCUCCAGCGAACCACUCCCUCUGCUGGAAUGGGCAGGAGAUGACAGACAGGUUUCCUGGGCCCGGUCUGAAGCGAUCGCAUCCCGGCUCCGAGUCCCGAAGCAACAAGCCCCCGGAGCCAGUCAUCAGCCAGAUCAUAGACAAACUCAAACACAUCAACCAGUUGCUGCGGCUGGUGACGAUGACUGAGAAGCGCUGGAGAGCCCGGUCGCGCGGAGGUGGAGGUGGAGGGGACGGGUGGAGCGACGAGGGGGAAGAGGGAUUCGAGAGCGGCGACUGUGACGAUGAAGACGAGUGCGCCGGAGUGUCAGGGCUCGGCCCGCCGCCGAGACGCAAGCGGUUACGCAUCUUUGCAGACCUGGCUGAUAACCUGGCUAUGGACGACUUCACCUUCCAGGAGCAGCUGCUGACCCCUCGCUUGGCCACGGCCGGGGUCGGAGGCGUCUCCUCGCCCGCGGCUCCUCUGUGGAGGAGCUACCUGGUCCCGACGCUCCCCAUGAUGCUCGCUCUGCUCCUGCUUUGUCGCCACUGACCAGUGCACCCACACGCUCCCACCCCCUCUUUCCCCCAGGAUUCCAUACAAACUGUGGAACGGGACAGUCUUUUUAAAGUUCUGGUUCCCAGUGUAAACUUCAGCGGCCCAUUAACGGAAGAAUGAACUACAAAAACAAUGCUACAUUUCUCUUUGUCUCAGCAAGAAGCUGAUUUGUUUUAUUGGAAAGCAUUGGAUUAUCUCAACAAACCUAUUAAAGCACACCAGAUAAACCCAUGGCAUCGUGUAAAUAAGAAACUUGCCCUCUGGUUCACUCCCACUGUGGUUAUUCCAGCUUUUGUGCCCUCUUGUCUCACCUCCUCUCUGCUCUCAUACUGAUUUCUGUAUAAUAACAAAAUGACAGGGCCCCUCAUCGUCAGACAGCUUUGUUGUGGACCUGCAAGUGAGGAGCUACUUGGAAAACAGACAGACCACAGACCUUUUUGAAAUGCUCCCACCCGCAGUCUGCAACAUGUUACAGCCCUGCAGAAACCAGCUGGAAGAAGAAGAAAACUUUUGCUGCUCUCUUCCCUGGUGGUGAAUGAUCUCCUGCCAGCACUGGACUUCAGCUGGGGAGUUGUUGUGAACUCCUUAUCCUCAGAGGCUGAGGUUAAACCCUUAUUUAAACAUGCACUGCACCUUAAAAUGCUGUGUUACUAUUUAAAUCUCACUCUCUCUCUCUCACGUUUGUGUCCUAGUGAUAGCUAAGUUAUUUCUGACCGAUUCACACCGUCAGUGUUUGCUUUAUUUUAUAACGGCGAUGUUUUUUUAACAGUAACAGCCCCAAGAUAAAAAAGAUUUAAGGGCUACCGUAAGAGCAUACGUCUCCAAAUCAGCCUGAUAACUGUACAGAUGUAAGUUUCCCUGUGUUGAUGCCAUGUUUACAAAGGUGUGUUUAUUUGAAAUAUCGUCAUAUCUCACAAGAAACUGUUGGUGUAUGGAUUGAAAUGUUGGCUGGGCUGUGAAGCAUUGCUGCAAAUCUUAAUCUUACUGUGGGUAAAAACAAGGAAUAAUAUGAGUUAUAAAUACGUGUAAAAAUAUGUGUAAAUUGAUUUUGUAAUGGUUUGCGUUGGGCUCACACAUUCUUAAAGUCUGGCCUUUGUGUUUAAUGUUCUGUUUAAAACAGAAGUCGGAUUUUAUUGUUUGUGUAAUUUUGUUUGGUUUUCAAACUGGUUUCCAUCUCCCUUGUUGAGACUGGAGGACAUGUGAUGGAUGUUUGGAAAAGACACUAAUUAAAAGCUGAAAGUGCUGCUGCCACCCAGCUGACUUCACAGCUGUGAACCAGACUAUCCAUCCAUCCAUUCACCAUUCUCUAUACGGCUUAUCCUCUAUGGUGGUGGACGCUGGAGCCAAUCCCAGCUGAUGCUGGGUGAGAGGCGGGGCACACCCUGGACAGGUUGCCAGUCAAUCACAAGGCUGAUGCACGGAGACAAACACGCAUGCACGCUCACAUUCACAUUGACGGGCAGUUUGGAGUAGCUAACUUGCACGUCUUUGGGCUGUGGGAGGAAACCAGAAAACCCACAAAGGCACUGCGAGGACAGGCAGGCCCCAGCCGACCUGCAGGUACCAGACUAUUUAACACAUGAUUUCAGGGAAAGCACAAGUCUAACUAACAACAAUAGCAAUGGCUCUGAUCCACGUAGGUGUGCCAGCAGGCCGUUUCAGUGAGCCAGCAUACAGAGAGCCAGGGGCCUGACACGGCAACACCUAAACAGAGUGCAGCCCUAAUUAAUGUUAUUAGUCAUACCUGUGUCUGCCGUGAGACAUCAAAGAGCCAAUGGCAGACCGUGGAUUGGACGCUGAUAAAACUGAAUGCCCUGUAACAUGUUAAUU